GGAGCCGCCCCUUCUGUCGGCCAAGCUCCAGAGCUGCGGCCGCCAGCGGGCCUCGACCAUGGCGUCCCCGGCCAUCGGACAGCGUCCCUACCCGCUUCUCUUAGACCCCGAGCCGCCACGGUAUCUGCAGAGCCUGGGUGGCAUGGAACCACCGCCGCCCAGCCGGCCACGCCGCUGCAUCCCCGCGGCCCUGGUCCCCGCGUCCGGGGCGUCAGAGGGACGCGGCGGCCGGAGGGCUGCCCGGGGAGACCCCGAGCCCACGCCCCGGGACUACCGACCCGCUCGCCCUGUCCGGCCCGGUCUGCAGCAGAGACUGCGGCGGCGGCCCGGGUCGCAUCGACCCCGCGACGUGCGGAGCAUCUUCGAGCAACCGCAGGAUCCCCGCGUCCUAGCCGAGAGAGGCGAGGGGCACCGUUUCGAGGAACUGGCACUGCGGGGCGGCCCGGGCUGGUGUGACCUGUGCGGACGAGAGGUGCUGCGGCAGGCGCUGCGCUGCGCUAACUGUAAAUUCACCUGCCACCCAGAGUGCCGCAGCCUGAUCCAGCUGGACUGCAGACAGAAGGAGGGCCCUGCCCUGGAUAGACGCUCUCCAGAAAGCACUCUUACCCCGACCUUCAACCAGAGUGUCUGUAAGGCGGUGGAGGAGACACAGCACCCACCCACACUCCAGGAGAUCAGGCAGAAGAUUGACAGCUACAACAGCAGGGAGAAGCAUUGCCUGGGCAUGAAGUUGAGUGAAGAUGGCACCUACACGGGUUUCAUCAAAGUGCAUUUGAAACUGCGGCGGCCAGUGACGGUACCUGCUGGGAUCCGGCCCCAGUCUAUCUACGAUGCCAUUAAGGAGGUGAACCCCGCCGCCACCACAGAUAAGCGGACAUCCUUCUACCUGCCACUUGAUGCCAUCAAGCAGCUGCAUAUCAGCAGCACCACCACUGUCAGCGAGGUCAUUCAGGGACUGCUCAAGAAAUUCAUGGUUGUGGACAACCCACAGAAGUUUGCACUCUUUAAGAGGAUACACCAAGAUGGACAAGUGCUCUUCCAGAAACUCUCCAUUGCUGACUGCCCUCUCUACCUGCGUCUGCUCGCUGGACCGGACACUGACAUACUCAGCUUUGUGCUUAAGGAGAAUGAAACCGGAGAGGUAGAGUGGGAUGCCUUUUCCAUUCCUGAACUCCAGAACUUCUUAACUAUCCUGGAAAAAGAGGAGCAGGACAAAAUCCACCAAGUGCAGAAGAAGUACACCACAUUCCGGCAGAAACUGGAGGCGGCGCUGCGGGAGUCCCAAGGGAAGCCUGGGUAGCCGCCUCCUUCCCGUCCUCUCAGUGCCCUCGGUCAUUUAUUAUUUUGCAACAGACAUUCUCAAGAUGCCUCUGGGUCCACCUGUGCCUGCCCAGCAACUAACAGAUGUGGCACAAAGUCUCUUCCACAAAGUGUCUGUGCAGGGCUCGAUUCCUGCCAACCCACCGCGCCAUGACUCUGGAGAUUCCACCUGGAUCAGAACUUGUGGGAUGAACAGUGUUUCCCCUGCUCAAUCUGCUGGCCUUUCACAAACCAAAUAGUUGCCUCUGGGCACCAAACUCCAAUCAAUCACACCGGCCGGCAAAGAGGGAGGAAAGGUUUUAGAGCCCCGUCUUCUUUCUCUGGAUUUAAUUUUUCAGUUCUCCUUUGCCACCCAUAGUAUCUUUAUUUGUGGGUCCAAUGUGGCAUACUCAUUCAGCUAAGUCCUUGAAAGCAGAAAUGCUUAUGAAAGGACUGUCCUCCUUGCCCCCAGGUGCCUCCUCUUCGCUAGGACUAGACACUCGGGUUAGCCUGAGAUUUCCAGAGGCUACAGCCCGACCAGGCCCUGUCUCUGUCACCCCAGGGGCCGAGCACAUGCAAACCCAAAGGCAUAUACUUACAGUUACGUGGUAUUUCAGCAUGUCUUUGUCCUGUUUGUUAUGUCAAAAUUUGAAUUUGAUAUUGUCAUCCUCAUGGGUUUCUACCAGCCACUUAACAAUUUUAGUUUCCUGCCGAGUGGCCAGAAAGUAUUGCAGAGAAGCUCAUCCAAGCUGUCUACAACCUGCCUGCCACUAGGAAGUGGUGGUGCCUGGACCACUCAGCCUACCUCGGCAUCUAUCCACUCCAGCUGUUGCCUGAGUAGUAGCCUUGAUCACUGACAGUGGUGGGGUCCUUUCUGUUGCAAAGCAUGCUCUGUGACCUGGCCUGCCCGGUGACUCCAGUGCCUUUUUGUUCUCAGAGAGAAGAGCAGGGCAUGUUUGUGGAAAGCUCUCCUGCUGGCUUGCCGCUGGCAGGAAGCCGACAAUGAUGUAGACGAUGGUGUAGAGAGAAGGACAGGGGACUCCUCAGAGCACAGGGCGACGAUCACACACCUCUUUGCCAUCAAGCUUCCUGAUCAGACACUGACUUGAAGAUGUGAUAUUAUUAGGCCACAAUGACAGCAUCAAAUUAUAACUCCAGCUCUGACUAGUUCAGACUGAACAUAAAUUAGCCAGGACUGCAAAGACACUCAAUGGAGAGGGAUUAGAACCUGUCUUUUCAAAGAAGGCCAGUGUUCCAAUCUAGCCUCAGAAGAGACCACUUGCUUGUUACCCCUGCCCCUCCACACCCCUCGGGUUGUUUCAGGCCCAAGCUUCUUCAUGUAGCCUCCAAAGCUCCCUCCCCAGCUCAGGCUAGUCCACACUGCUCCUGUCCCAGAGGAAUGCCAUUCAGUCUUCAGAGCUGCCAAAGCUACACGAGCUAGCAACUCUGAGGCUGUGCAUGCCAGCGACCCUGGCUGUCCGCCACCUCACGCUCGGUCUCAUCACUUCCUUCCCUCCUGCGGAUACAGGGACAGCGGAAGUCAUCCCUUCACCCUGCAUGUCUGUAGCACUAGGAGAAGGCAUGGCUCCUGCUGCAAACACUGUGAAUGCUGCUGAGAACCUCCCUCCAUGGAUGGCUGUUUUAUUUUUAAGAAAAAAAAGUCAUGUAUAUAUACAAAUACAUAUAUAUAUGUGUGUGUAUUCACAUAGAGGCAUAUAGCUAUAUAUAAAGAAAAGGUGUUUAUUCAGAAAAUUAUGGUAAAAUUCAGACUUUAAGCACAGUUGGACUCAGGACCUCUACUGAAGUUGAGCUUCUGGGAAGGGUCAAGUUCCUUCAGUCCCAGAGCUGGGUGUAACUGCUGGUAGUGCCUUCUAUGGUUGUAUUGUUCUGUGGGUGUUGUUUUGAGAAUAUUUUCUUUGUAAAUGUCUUUCUUAUAUGUUUUUUAAUGAGUAAUAAAAUCUUACUGCAAAAACAA